UUCAAUAAUUGUCGUUGUAUGCGCGAGAGAGCAGCAGCAGUCUGCGUGUGUCGAGUGCAUGCGUGCGCCUCUUCGGCUGUUGAACUGUUGCCUGUUUAUUUCCUUUGCAAGUAACACCGGAUCAAUUGCAGAAAAAUGACCCAAGAAGGCCAGGUCACCCCUCCACCAGUAAUAUGGGCUCAGAGGAGCAAUCUCUUGUUUGUGACAAUCUGUUUAGAGGAUUGUGCAGACCCCACUAUAAAAGUUGAAGCGGACAAAGUUUAUUUUAAAGGUGUUGGAGGGACAGAAAAGAAGUUACAUGAAGUCAUUAUAAAUCUGUACAAAGAAAUCGAUCCAGAUAAGACAGUGCAGAGUCCAAAGGGAAGAAAUUUUGAAUUGGUACUUUACAAAAAAGAAAGUGGUCCUUUUUGGCCAAGACUCACCCAAGAAAACAAAAAGUUCCAUUGGUUGAAGAGUGAUUUCAACAAAUGGCAAGAUGAAGACGAGAGCGACGAAGAGGCUGGAAACAUGAACUCUAAUAGUUUAGAAGAGAUGAUGCGUCAGAUGGGUGGACUUGGUGGUGAAGGUAGUGGUUUUGGUGGUGAGGGUACUGGAAUUGGUGGUGAAUACAAUAUUGACAAGCCUAACUUUGAUGAUUUGGAUAUGGGUGGAGAAGAUGGACCAGACAGUGAUGACGACGAAAUGCCAGACUUAGAAUGAAAACUCUAAAUAUUAUUACUUAUAUCCCAUCAAAGAAGUUGAGACAUGCAAAAGAUUGUUGCAAGUUCAUAAAUAUUAAUUAUUAGAACAUGCGUUUAAAUAUUGAAUUGCAAACAAUUUUUGCAGUUUAAGUGAUGGCCAAGUUGGCACCAGUGAGCCAGUCUCAAAAAAAAAAAAAAAAAAAAAAAAAAAAAAUCCAACAUGUUGAUGAACACCAAUUAAAUAACGGUGUUAACUAACAGUUUACUCACUUUAAAAAAUCCAUCUUUCAUACCUUUGUAAUUCCCGUUAGACUUUAGUUUAUAAACUAAGUUAUAUGGUAAAGCUUUUUUAAUAAUGAUUGAUUAAAUGUGUAAAAUAAA